CGGUUAGAAACUUCCGGUAACAAAAAUAAUAUUUGGCGAAAGCAACUCGCUGAAAUUAGUGAGUGAAACAGUGAAAUAAACACUUGGAAUCCAGCAACAAGUGUCCAGACGAUAACAUAUAAAGAGAGCGAGAAAGAUAUACAAUUGGUUGAUAGUGUAUUUCAAAUUCAAUGAAGUAACCACAAGUUGCACAACACUGAACUUUUCCUGGCCUGAUGUCGUUAUGACUGUAUGAGAGUUUACAAUUGUUCACGAAGCUAAGGCUAAAGAACAAUUGCUGAUGGUUAUUUAUGAAUCCUGCACUCAUCAUUUCAACAAGGCCUAUAUACAGUCACAAUGAGCAUAGACAGUGAGUGCAGGCAGUGAGUGUAGACAGCGAGUGCAUGCAGUGAGUGCAGGCAGUGAGUGCAGGCAGUGAGUGUAGACAGUGAGUACAGGCAGGGAGUGUAGAUAUUGAGUAAAGAAAAUGAGUGCAGACAGAAGAAGGAGGGCCCGUGUUCAAGGGGGUUGGGCUGCCCCAAGUGCAGGCCCUAGGAGCGAUCGUAACAAACCUACAAUGCCGCAACAGCCUGCAUGGACAGGGAAAACAGUCGAUCAACCAACGGAGAAAAAAUUUGUGUUUCAAAAGCCUGAACAGGAGAUGAGACAGGCACCAGAGGAAGAGGUGAUUACGAAAAUGGGUAUCUAUGAUAUAAGCUCAGGACCAAGUGGGGUGUCAAGGUUACGAUAUUUCCCGAAUUUCAUCGAAAAGAUGGAAGCUGACGUGAUGUUUGAAACAUUAUAUAAUGAGACCCCUUGGCAACAACGUCAUGACUUGAAGGGUAAAGAUGGCGUACAAUAUACUCAGCCUAGAUUAACUGCUUGGUACGGCGAACUACCAUAUACAUAUUCUGGCGUAACCUGGGAACCAAAUAGAUUUUGGACGAAGCUGUUAAAAAGACUGCGAAAGGAUUUAGAGGAUAAUACAGGAUUUGUUUUCAACUCAUUGCUAUGCAACCUCUAUCGCAAUGAGAAAGACAGCGUGGACUGGCAUAGUGACGAUGAAAAAUCACUCGGCCCAAAUCCAAUAAUUGCCUCUAUGUCAUUUGGCGAUCAAAGGAAUUUUGAGCUCCGGAAAAAACCUCCACCGGAGGAAAAUGGUGACUACACCUACUCAAAACGAGUGAAAAUCCCCUUGACAUCUGGCAGUCUGCUUAUAAUGGAAGGAAGCACUCAAGAGGAUUGGCAACAUCGGGUGCCGAAAGAAUAUCAUGACAGGAAUGCCAGGAUAAACCUAACAUUUCGGGUGAUUCACCCUGAAUAAGCAGAGACAUAUAAAAAUACAUGUCAGUGAUCUCCCCAGCAUUGAAGCAAGUGGGCGCAGCACCCACC